AUGAAAUGUUCAGAGCAUAAUAGAUCACAUGAAUUUCUAUGUUAUAAAUGUUAUAAGUUAAUGUGUUCAAAGUGCACAAUCAAUCAUAGUAAGAAUCAUCAUGAUCAUACCGACCAGUACGAUCAUAUAGAUGAUAUCAGACAAUCUUUAAGCUCUAUUUUCGACACUGAUGAUGACAUUAUAGAUCAUCUUAAUAUAGACAUUAAAGAAAAUGAUAAUAAGAGUGACAAUAAUAAUACAUUCAUAAAAAGAAAGAUAUUAUCGAUUUGGAGAUCACUCAGAUUAUCAAGCAAGCAAUUCGGUGAUCUACAAAAGACAGAGACUGAUAUAUCACAACACUUUGAACAAUUACAUCAAUAUCUAGUAAUAGAAGAACAUAAAUUAAAGAAAGAUAUUAUCAACCAAAAAGAUACAAUCAUUAAUCAAAUAGAUAAUAGUAUAGAACAUUUAAAACAUUUAGUUAAUAUUAUAAAUAUUAAUAAUAAGUUAGAUAAUAAUAAACAAGAUAAUAAUAGUAAUAAUGAUGAUGAUAGUAAUGAAGAUGUAGAGAUUAACAAAUCAAUAGUUACAGAUACAGCAGAGCAGUAUUCAACAACAACUAUAUUACAAUCGAUAACAUCGAGCUCAACAUUACAAUCAUUCAUAGAUAACAAUAAUCAAACAUUAUUCAAUCAACAUAAAAAUAAUGUUCAUUUCAAUAUCGAUAAAUUAUUAGAACAACAUAAUAAUGAUGAAGAUUCAUUAUUAUUAGAUAUUAUUCAUAAAUAUAAUAAUCAAUUCAACAACAACAACACUGAUAUUAAUAAUAAUUAUAAAGAUAACAAUAAUGAUCUAUUUAAUAUACAAACUAAAGAAUAUAAAAUAACUGCUAGACAACCUGAUUUCGAACAACUACAAUCGAUCAUCGAUAGUUCCAUUAAAGUAGCACCGGUAAACGAUGAGAUCGAAGAAGUGAAUAUUUCACAUACCUUUGAUUUCACCAAUGCAUCAAUCACCUCGAUAGGAGAGAAUAUCUAUAUAUUCGGUGGCUAUCUGAAUAAGGAUAAUUGGUACCAAUUCUCUAUGAAAUCGAAAUCGAUAGAGCAAUCCGGUGAGAUGAAAGGUAUCGAUGGCGAUGUCUAUAUAUCGAAUAGAUCGAUUCAACAUCAAGACAAAGCAGUUAGAGAAAUACUAUCCGUUAUCAGAAGGCUAUGGAAACAAGUAUGCUCGAUGAUCUAUAAAGGAUCACUCUAUUCAGUUCCAAUGGAGAAGGAUGUCUUUGAAUUCAAUUUAGUAAAGAAGAAUAUUACAAUACACAAAAUAGGAAUGAAACCAUUCUCAGCAUGCCAUGAUAACAAUGGUAACCUCUACAUUCAUUCCAAAGAUAAUCGAUUCAUCAAGUAUAAUAUCGAGAGAAGUCAGAUAACCAACCUCAAUCCUAUUCCUGGAAAGCAUGGAGUUGUUUAUCUUUUAUAUCACCAAGCAUCUCCGACAUCUAGCUAUAUCUAUUCAUUUGGUGGUGCAACAUACGGUAACUUUAGAUAUUCUAUCGAAUCAAAUCAAUCCGAACCAUUCAUGGUUGGGGAUAAGACAGAUAGAGUUCGAUGUGGAUCCGCCUCAAUCACUUCAUAA